GAGUCGGUUGGGGCUCGGCAUUGAGGGGAGGAGCUGGGAGCGAGCGGCUGCGGCGAGAGCGGGGCGGCAGAGGACUAAGCAGCAGGCGAAGGAGAAGGGAGAGCGCGGUCGAGAGGGAAGGCGCCCGUGCGCUGCGUGUGUUGUCUGUGGAGGAUACGCGAGAGCCAGGGGAGGAGCCUCCCGGAUCUCUACUCUCUCUGUGGAGGCUCGCCCCCUCCUCUGCGCCCCUUCCUUCCCAUCUUACUUCCGGCGGGGAUGGCGGUGCUGGAUCUGGCCCUGGAGGGGCUCGCCGUCUUCGGGCUCGUCCUCUUCCUGGUCCUCUGGCUCAUGCACUUCAUGUCCAUCGUCUACACGCAUCUACACCUUAACAAGAAAGCAACGGACAAACAGCCAUAUAGCAAGCUACCAGGUGUUUCACUUCUGAAGCCCUUAAAAGGUGUUGAUCCAAACCUCAUCAACAACUUGGAAACUUUCUUUGAAUUGGAUUAUCCAAAAUAUGAAGUGCUUCUUUGUGUCCAAGAUCAUGAUGAUCCUGCUAUUGAUGUAUGUAAAAAGCUCCUUGGCAAAUAUCCCAAUGUUGAUGCAAGACUAUUUAUAGGUGGUAAAAAGGUUGGGAUAAAUCCAAAGAUUAACAAUUUAAUGCCAGCAUAUGAAGUUGCCAAGUAUGACCUCAUAUGGAUUUGUGAUAGUGGCAUUAGAGUAACACCGGAUACGCUAACAGAUAUGGCCAAUCAAAUGACAGAAAAAGUUGGCUUGGUCCAUGGCCUUCCCUACGUAGCAGAUAGACAGGGCUUUGCUGCCACUUUAGAACAGGUAUAUUUUGGCACUUCCCAUCCAAGAACAUAUAUUUCUGCCCAUGUAACUGGGUUCAAAUGUGUAACAGGAAUGUCUUGUUUGAUGAGAAAAGAUGUCCUGGACCAAGCGGGAGGACUUAUAGCUUUUGCACAGUACAUUGCUGAAGAUUAUUUUAUGGCUAAAGCAAUAGCAGACAGAGGUUGGAAAUUUGGAAUGGCCACACAAGUUGCAAUGCAAAACUCUGGUUCCUAUUCAAUUUCCCAGUUUCAAUCCAGAAUGAUCAGGUGGGCCAAGCUACGGAUCAACAUGCUUCCAGCCACAAUAAUCUGUGAACCAAUUUCGGAGUGCUUUGUUGCAAGUUUAAUUAUCGGGUGGGCAGUUCACCAUGUUUUCAGAUGGGAUAUAAUGGUCUUCUUUAUGUGUCACUGUUUGGCAUGGUUUAUAUUUGACUACAUUCAACUCAGAGGUGUCCAGGGUGGUGCACUAUGUUUUUCAAAACUUGACUAUGCAGUAGCAUGGUUCAUCAGAGAGUCAAUGACGAUAUACAUUUUCCUCUCGGCUUUGUGGGAUCCUACUAUUAGCUGGAGGACAGGACGCUACAGGUUACGCUGUGGAGGCACUGCAGAGGAGAUCCUGGAUGUAUAGCCCCAGCUUUGUGACUGUGUAUUUCAAGAAAGGAAAAAAGGAGGAAAAAAAGAAAGUAUUAUAAAUUAUGUUUAUAUAAAGGCUUUUAAAAGAUCUACCUUCAAUAGUUUUAUUACCUGUAUGUUUUCGUAUCUGUUCUUUAAUUUAUUUUGCAUGGCACUUGCAUCUGUGAAAAAAGUACAUCUGUAGUCUUGGCCAAAUGGUACCUUGUUUCUAUGUAGAAAAUCAAAUCAAGAGAAUUGGUUCCAGGAUUCAUUUUUCGUAGGAUCGUUCUGCAGCAAGUUCUAAAGACAGCCUCUUUCAGUAUACAGUUAAAAGCGACUCUCUGCUAAUCAAAGGAAAUAAUCAGUGGGACAUAACCUGUAGAGGUCCAUUGGAAAUUAAUGGGAAAUGUGCAAAGCACAGUGGCCUUUUGGCCAUUGGAUUGCAUCCUUUGAAAAGCUAACAACAUUUUUGGACAAGUGCAGUUUGCAUUUGAAAGCACAAGUGGUAAGGCAGAAGGGGAGAAGCUUUUUAGUUGAUAUAUGCCUACCUCUUGUAAUUGCUGUGGAGCAAAUAAAAAUGUAAGUAGGCCUUGUGAAAAAGUAAAAGCUGGAAGUUCGUUAUCUGUGUGUGGAUUUAUAGAUUAAAUUAUUUUGGUCUCUCUGCAAUGAGCCAAAAGUUUGAUAUAGCUGGGUGGGAAGAAUUAAUGGUUAGCUAUGCCUAGCGGGCAUCUUUUGGCCAACUCUAAUUGGUUCUGUCUUGAACCAUUUUUAAUCACUGUGCUGUAAUUAGCCUAGCUAAUCUUCUCCUUCAUUCCCAUCUUGACUUUUUAAAAAGGGGUGGGGUUUUUGUUUCAGUGUGAAUGGAUGAUUGGUAGUUAUGGGGCGGGAGGGGGAUGCAUUUCAGAAACAUUUCAUGUCUGAGCUAUUUUCUUAUACACUGUCUUCUUAAGAAUGUAACUUCAUGAUGCAGGUAUUUAAUAUCUUUUUUAAAUGGGCAUAGAUCUCUCUAUACGUUAGUAAUCCUUAACUAUCCAAUUGCAAUAGAUACUUGUCAGUAUAUUAAAAGGCAAGAUGGGUUUGCUGUUACUGAUAUGAAAUUGUAAGCUUUAACUAUGAAACUAGGACUAAUUUUGACUUUUUCAUUCAUUUAAUCUAGUUUCUAAAUUGGGUUUUUGUAUUCAAAUUGUAAUGGCUAAAAAGACUAGAUUAUAACCAAGUUGUAAAUGCAUGCUGUCCCCCCCCCCCCCCCCAUCCCUCUCAUUUCCUAUCAUCUUGUUCUCUAACCCCAUUGUGGAAUUACUCUUAACAUGGUGAACUGGACUUGUUUGUUUAAAACUGACUCUGAUCACAAAGCAAAACUGAGAGGGACAUUGCACAAAGCCUUUUGUUUUCUUUUAUAAUUGUAUUUAUGCUGCUUUUUCUUUUAAAUGGGCAUGGCAUAUUGUCACCAUAAAGCUUUAUUGCUAAGUGCAUUGCCAAUAUGGGAGCUUUAAAUCCUAGGUUAUGCCAGGUCUGUAACACAGACCAUAAUCCUAGCAUAUUAGCAAUAACUUUCCCCCAAUUUAUUGAGCCAGUCCAUUUGAUUGCCUGGUAUACACAUAUUGUAAUGGAACAGGGUAUGUGCUUAUACAUGGACAUGUUUCGUGUGUUGACAAAUACUACAAAACGUUCCCCAAACUGUAUCCCAUGUUCUCUUUGUUUGCCUUAUGACAUUACAGAAUUUGUUUUGAAGGGCAUCUUCACAAACAGAGGCUUUUAUUGCAUGUUCCAUUUCCUGCAUGUGAAUCAGGAAGAAUGCUUCCUGAGGAAGGUUGCACACUGCAAACUAGUCUGGUUAUGACCCAGUCAGAUUGUGUUUUUUUACUUUCUUUGUUGUUAAUCAUUGUUGAUUUUGCUUAUAAUGUUUGUAUUUUUAUUUGUUUUGUGAAGUUUGAUUGAUGCCAUCCAUUGCACUGCUAAAGUGAAGCUUAGCUAUUUGGCUUGAUGCUGAUCACCAUGAGAGCAGUGUAAUGCCAAAACCAAAAGGCUGGACAGACUUCUGUGUGUGUGUUUCUGUUUGUGUGCGAGUGAUACCUAUGAAAAACUGAGUUAGAGGUGUGCGCGCGUGUGUGUGUGUUUAUGUGUUUGUGUGUACACCUGUGCAUUUGUGUGUGUGCACAUUUGUAAAACCUUUAUCAUUUAAAGGAAACUGGUGCAUCACUUAAAUGAGCAACUUGAUUUCUUGUGUAAGAAAUCUGGGUUGAUUAUCAAAUGGAAAAUACUUUGGAAAAUUGUUGGAGGGCACUGUGACAGCACAGUGAAGGUUCAAAUUGCUAAUUUAAAGCUGUUUAUCAACAUGUUAAGAAUACCAUGUUUAUUUAAAAUUAUUGUCUUGUUUUGUUUCAAAAUAAAUUUUGAAUACAAUCAAA